CGAGAGAUAAUUAGAUGAGAACUAAGAUGCACGAUGAUUACAACUUUAGUAGGGUUGGAAGUAAACACCCGGAUGGCCCCAAAAAUUCGGGUGCGUUUUGGUUCUACGUCUACGCAGUUCUUCGUAAUCCAUCCAAACUAAUUCAAUCCAUCAUCUUUUCCAAUUCUUGCGGAACUACGUCCAAUAAACAACACAAGAAAUAAGGUAAUAAAAAGCGCAAUGGGACGUACAGAACCUUCAGUCGGCAAACCGCCCGCCAGCUUCCGCCGCGACGCCCGCGCCAAACGGGCCAAGGCCACCACUAAUAAAGUGGUACCGGCGGUGCUGGCCGCGCACCCGCGGGCUAGACGCGGCGUCGAGGCUGCGGAGCUGAUUGCAGAUCCGCCGCCGAACGUACGUGGGUCAGCGCCGCGGGGGCACGCGAGAGCGGGGAGUGACGAUGGAGUGCGAGAAGGCGACAAGAGGAAAGUGGGAAGUGGAGAUGGAAAUGACAACACGAGUGGGAGCAGGAACGGGAGCGCGGAAAGCAACGGGAAUAUCAAAGGCCCUUGCAUCUCCCUAUGCAUCGCAGACACGCUAUCCACAGCGUCCUCACUACUCCUCGUACCCUCCCCGUCUUCCCCCGCCGCAGCAGCAGAAACAACCCAAGAAACAGCCCAGGAACAGCGGCGCGACCUGUCCAACGCCACGGCCCGCGUCGGCGUGCUGAACAUGGCGUCCCCGCUCGCGGCCGGCGGCGGCUUCCUCAACGGCGCGGCGGGCCAGGAAGAAGCGUCGCUGUGCGCGCGGACGACGCUUUUGCCUUCGCUGCGCGACGAGUUUUACAGGCUGCCUGAGGUAGGGGGCGUGUUUACGCCGGAUGUGCUUGUUUUUCGCGGUGUUGGUGGGAGGAGUGCUGGAUCGCGCGGGAAAACGCGAGGGAAAGGGAAGGAGAAGGGGAAGGGGAAGGGGGAAGAAGAUGAGAAAGAAGGGGGAAAGGGGGAGAAGGGAGAAGGCCGAGGUGGAGGAGAUGAUGAAGAAGCCGAGCUCCUCCCCAAGCGCGAGCGCUGGUUCGUCGACGUCGUGACCGCCGCCAUGCUCCGGCUCCCCGAGGUCGAAGUCGACGAGGAAACGGGCUGGGCUAGCUACGCCAGCGCGCAGGACCGCGAGCUCGCUGUCCGGAAGAUGCGCGGCGUCCUGCGGAUCUUCGCUUCCAAGGGCGUGAAGAGGGUUGUGCUGGGCGCUUGGGGGUGCGGCGCGUACGGGAACCCCGUAGGCGAGAUCGCGAGGGCGUGGAGGAAGGUGCUGCGAGGUGGGGCGGGGAUAAAGGAGGUGAAUAGGGAGAAUAAGGAGGGUCAGAGGAAGGGGAAGAAGGGCUCGAAGGAAAAGGCUGUGGAGUCAUGGGAUGGCAUCGAGCGUAUUGUCUUCGCUAUUAAGGAUGCGGGUAUGGCUCGCGCGUUUGCGACGGCUUUUGGCGAGGACCUUCUAGAUGGGUAUGGCGAUAACGAGGAGGAGGAUGGUGAUUUAAGUGAUGGGGAGAGCGACGAAGAAGAUGAGAAGGUCAAGGAGCUCCGGGGUAAAAUCCGGGAGCUGGAGCUGCAGGUAGAACAGGUGCGGACGCCGCAGCUGAGAUCAGGGCUAAACUCCGUCUUAGCUGGCUUGAGGAGCCAGCUACCUGACCACGGAGAUCAUACUCAGCAUGACACGGUGGAUGACGAAAAUGAUAAGAGUAGUAGGGAUGGAGUAAGCGGGAGCGAGGAUUAAGGCGAGUCUGCUGGAGACGAGUCAGAUGGAGACGAGGACCGAAACGGGCAUGGUAGUUAAAACCCAAACGAAUAGCUUGAUCCUUGACUUGAUGUUCACCUGAAUCUCUUAUA